CGUUGCAGCAGAACCACUUCUGAUGAUAAAUGUGAGAGGAGGGGUCCUCGAACCGAAAGAGUGUUUUCCACAACAGAAAAGCAGCUAGAAGGAGAUCGCUGUCAAGAAGCCAUUUCAUUUUUGAAACAUUGUUCGGAUCCAGAACAAGUGACCGCAAAGAUGAAAUCUACUUUCCAGUUUCGCCAAAAAAUGAUCCAUGAUCCUGAAAAAUCCUCAUCUGUUCUUUCCUUAUUUCCAAGGUUUCUUGACACAAAAGGACUUGUGCUUCAAGACUUUGAGUUACUAUUUGGAGUGGAGACUGCAUCUAAACUUCUGGAGAAGUGGGACUCUACUCUGAAGCAAAAAGUCAUUCAAGAAGCCAAAAACCUCACCCAGUCACUGCUUUUGAGUUGUCUGAUUCAGUCUGCAGAACACUGCAACACCACUCAAGGAGACUGGGACAGUGAUAUGUCUUCCCUGUUAUUGCUGGUGUAUCUCCUGCCUCCACCUUCUAGUGGAAAUAAGAAGUCUGUCAAGAUCAGUGUGCAAAAUGCUUUGGAUCGCGUAGUAAGAUUUCACAAGUCCUGUUGCAGUUUUGAAGAAGUCCUUGGAUCAACACAGACAACACAGCCCUACAUCUUGGCAGUUGGCACUUCGAAGAGUAGCAUCCAUGACUACUACAUUGCUGUGGAUGAGCGGCUCAUCCCCUGCAUGGCUAAGUCCUCUCUCUCAGCUUUUGAUGAACUUUUUAAAGUUCAUUAUGUGUUUGGCAUUUCAUAUGAUGCCGCUUUGCACAAUAUGUUUACCUUUCUUCAGACCACGAUUUACAACAUUGAUGUAGGCAUUACCCGUGAAAGCCCACGAGUCGGAGAUCUUCGAGCCAAGAUUCUUAAUUAAGUGUUGUUACACCAUCAU